AUGCCGUCGGAACCGCGUCCGACUUCGCUGCAGAAGCUUCACCACUCGCCAGAGCCUCCUGGUGCCCAGCCGCUGGCGCGUCAGACCGUUCGCGAAACUCGCGAAGCUCCGGUUACCGUUCUCGCCGACGAUUCAUCGGGGAAGUCAGCAUGUCAGCGGAGACCAGUCGAAGCUCUGGUAGGAGCCUCGAACAUCGACGGCGGCACGUCUGACAGCGCCGUCUUCACUGACGGUCGAGCGGUUGGAUUGACGGACGAGAAUGGGGGCACGCGCUCCGUUUUCUUUCCCGAGUCGCGGUCAAGAAACCCGACGAGUGCGGAGCAGCAGCCUACUGCUGCUGCGCAAUCGCACUCUCAUUGGAUUGACGCGGAAACCGUUUCCGCGCUGCCCUCGCAAUCCUCCGGCGUCGACGCUGCUUCGACACCGGCAGAGGAAUUCGGGGCGGCACGAGCGGACGCGGAAAACGCGGAUAUUGGGAUCCACGCGCCUGAGGCAAAGCAGGCCGAGGAAGCCGAGGGAGAGAGAGUAGUGAGCGGAGGAGAAAGAGACCCUCACGACGCGGGAAACGCGGGCGACGCGGACGACGCGGGAGACAAGGAAGAUUCCAGAGACGGAGCGGAGGAGCGGGAGUGGAUGAAUGGGACGAGUGUCGAAAUCGAAGGAGGGCGAUUGGGGGAUGCGGGCGGCCGUGAUGAUGACGCGGACGAGGAGCAUGCUGACGUGGACAACGAAGGCGCCCAAUCGGACCACCAAGAAGGCGCGGCGGAGGGGGAGGUGGAAGAGGUAGAGGCGGAGGGUGAAAAGCAGAUGGACGAGGAGGGAGAGCAGGAAGGAGAAGAGAGAGGAGAGGGAGAUGGGGAGGAGGCGGAUGAGGAAGGAGAGGAAGGAGAGGAGGACUUGCUCGCCAUUCCUACGGACGACAUUGCGGGCCCCAUCGACUUGCUUGACCGCGUUGAUUGCGUUAACCCCGCUGACUCCGUGCGCCACGACUCCGUUCACCACGUUGACCGCGUUGACUGCGUCGACCCGAUGGACGGCAUGGGGUGCCUCGACGGGUUGGAAACGCGCUGCCUCGCGGAUUUCGAGGACAUGCUGCCUGCAGGCGACGCGCUCGACAUGCUGGGCGACGAUUGCCUGUUGGCGCUGGGCGCGGGUCUCUUUGCGGACGACCUCUCUUCGCUGCUGCCCAUGCCGCCGCAUCACCCCUCCUGCCAUGCCAAGCCAUCCUCCUCCUCUGCUCCGGGCGCUUCCGCCCCCUCCGCGCGCGCUCCCCCGCACGCUGCGGCUGUGGCGGGCAAGACGAGGCGCGCGCCUCACGGCAGCGCCGGCCUCCGGAGGAGCGCCAAGGGCGGGAGCUAUGGUAGCGACAGUGGCAACGGCAAGGUUAAGAGAAGUGGCGGAUCUAUGGCGAUCUCUGUGGCUCGAAAAGAUUUGAUUUGCGAUCAGGAUGGGUAUUCCGGAAGCCCUAUCUCCACACUUGCUCCUCUGCACUCCUCCUACUCUCUCCCCUCCCCCUCGUCCCCCCGCUCCCCGCCCGCCUGCUCCCCUUCCGCCCGCUCCCCUACCGCCCGCCCUCCCUCUCCCUCCCCGCUUGACCGCCUCUUGCUCUCCCCCAUCCCCGGCAAACGGCCAAGAUCUCACUUCCCCAUCGCUCGUGGGCGAACCUGGACCGUUGAUCUGCUGAACGAUCUGCUCCAUCCGACGGAGGAGAUUUACGCGCCAGAGCACGAAUGCGACGAGCAUGUGUUGCUAGACCAGGCGCAGCAGCAGCAGCGGCAGCAGCGGCAGCAGUGGCGGCAGCAGCAGGAGCAGGAGGAGCACGAGGAGCAGGAAGAAGAGGAGGAGGAGGAGGAGGGGCAGGAGUGGGAGCAGCAGGGGCACUCGCGGGUUCGAGCUUAUAACGGGUAUUUCCGCGCGAGCAAGCAGUACGGCGCGUCCGCGCAGAAUGGAAGGAACAGGAAGCACAAAAAGGCGCAGUCGGAGCAGAGGGGCAGGCAGAAGAGCAAGGGGCGGCCGCCUUACACGGGGAGACCCAGAGGUCGCCCUUCUAAAGCCGCCAUUGCUGCCCGAUUGGCUGCUGCCGCCGCGUCAGCAGAGGCGGAAGCAGCAGCAGCAGCAGCAGCAGGAGGUAAGGCUGCUGCUGGUAGUGCUGGUUUUGCUGCUAGCUAUAUUGUGCCUAUCCUCUCGUCCCCCCUGCAAAGAAACCCCCCUGCUGCUGCUGCUGCUGCUUGCGGUGCUGCUGGCGCUGCUGGUGGUGCUGCUGCCGAAGCGUCUGGAAGGCUGAAUGCAACAAAGCGCCACAAGCCGUCCCCUCUCUCGCGGCUAUCCGUCUCAAGCUCAGACCGGAGCGCCAGCACCGUUUCCUAUGGUCCGGAUUUCUGUUCCGGGCAGGUGGAAUCUGUUUUUCAGCUGCCCGAAAGCGCGGUCGCGGCGGCCAAUGGCAUUGUGAAAACGGCAGCGAGCAGAGAUUUGGGGGCAGAUGGGGUACAGUGUGGUUCCCUGUCGUCAGGUCUGCCGAGUCUCUCUGGGGCUUCGUCAUUGGCUGGCGAAAUUGGUAACCUGGCGGCAGAACUGAAGUCUUCAGCUGACGGUACUUCCUCUGCUGCUGCUGCUGGUGCUGCUGCUUCUGCUGAUGCUGGCGCCCCUGCCGGCGCUGCUGCUGCUGCUGCGGCUGCUGCUGCUGCUGCUGGCGAUUCUUCUGCUGCAGCAGCAGCAGGGGCGGCGAGCGGUGGUGGUGGUAGCGCUGCUGGUGCUGUGCGGCGCUGCCUGCACUGCUCCGUGACCAAAACCCCGCAGUGGCGAGCUGGGCCGUAUGGGCCUAAAACCCUGUGCAACGCGUGCGGAGUGCGGUACAAGUCCGGGCGGCUGUGCGCGGAGUACCGCCCCGCGAAUUCCCCUGAAUACGUGGCGGAAAAGCACUCGAACUCCCACCGUCGGAUCGUGGAGAUGCGGCGGUCUGUGAUCGCCACGUGGCAGCAGCUGCGGCGGGUUGGGGACGGGGGCGAGGAGGAGGGGGAGGAGGGGGAGGGCGUGGGAGGGGGAGUGGGAGGGGAGGGGACGGUGUGGGAGGAGGAGAGGAUGAAAGGGAGGGUGAGAGAGGUGAAAGUAGAAAGGGGAGAAGCUAGUGGGGGGGUGAGUGAAGGGGGAGAGGGGAGUGAGGGGGGUGAUGGGGUUUUGACUGGGGAAGGGAGUGAGGGGGGGUUGGGAGGGUUUAAGGGGACGGAGGGAGGGUUGUUGUCUCCGUUCUUUGAGUAUCAAUGCCAGUAUAAGAAGGGAGGAGGGAGGAGGAGAAAGCGAGUGGUGGAGGAGGAGGAAGAGGAGGAGGAGGGGAGGAGGGAGUGGGAGGAGGAAGGGGAGGAUGAUGAGGAGGACAGGGAGGAGGAAGAGAUGGAGGAAGAGUGGGAGGAGCGAGAGGAGUGGAAAGGGGGGAGGGAAGGGAGGGAGAGGGAGGGGAAGGGACCGAAGCGGCUGCAGAGGCUCGGCAAGGGCCAGGGGCGAGAGCAGAGGUUCGGGGGAGGUAGGGGCGGGAGGCGUAGGCUGGGGCAGGCGGGGGAGCAGAGCGCGGGGCAGAAGGGGGUAGAGAGGGAGGGGAAUGGGGAGGGGGAAGGGCGGGGGAACGGGCAGGAGCAACUGGGGUCGGUUUCAUCUGCUUCUGGUAAGGGACGGAAAUUUACUGGUCCGAACCAGGGAGGUUCGGACCAGGCAAGAACCGCAAAUUCUGUUGAGAGAGGAGGAGAAGGUGAAGGGGAGUGGGCGGGGGAGGGGGACGCGGAAAAAGCGGAGGGGGAGGGCGGGCGGAAGGGGAAUGCAAGGAGGUUGGGGAAGCGACUGGAAAGGGGGGAAGGGAUGCAGGGGGAGAAGGGGGGAUGGAGGAUUGGUGAGAAAAGAGAAGUGGAAGGUGCGGUGGGGAAAGGCAAGGAGGGGAAGGGCAAAGAGGAAGGCGGCAAGGGGGGGAAGGGCAAGGAAAGUGGCAAAGAGGGAGAGAGAGAGUGUAGGGGCUGGAAAAAGAGACGCGUUAUUGAGGGACCCGAUUGUAGUGAGAGUAUGAUUGGUCGUGUCGGUCAUUCAGGAAAGAAGAGCAGGCUCGCCGAUGUGACUAUGAUGGAUGUGCCUGUAAAGGAGGUGGCUCUGUUUGCAAUGGGUAAGGGUGGGCGGCUGAGAGUGAGGGAUGUGAGGAGGGCAGAGGUGGACGGUCCUUUGGUGGUGCAGGUGGUAAGCUCUGUCAUCCCUUCCAGUAAGAAGAGUGCAAAGAGGGGAUGGGAAAGCAAGGGCAGUGUGAGCAAGAGAGGGGUGUGCAGGCGAGCAGGUAGCAAGGGGGGAGAAGGGGAGGUGCAGAGGCUGGGAGUUGGUGGGAAGUGCAAGGCAGGAGGAGGGCAUGAGAUAGAGCAGGGCUCACUGCAGCAGAAGGAGGAGGAGCAGCAGCAGCAGCAGCAGGUGCUUUCGCCUGGCAAGAACUCGGCUGUGAAUGUACCUGUUGUUUCACCUGAGCUGACACCUGAAGCCAAGCUGUCCUCUCCAGUCCCUUCCAUCCUCCUCCCCACUGACCCUGCUUCACUACAAGCUGCUUCGUUAGAAGCUGCACCGCUGCCGCUACUGCGGCCGAGCUGCGGCGAAGGAGACUGCCUGCUGCUGGUGAGCUCGUGCGCAGCACACGGUGCUGAAUCCAUUCUCCUGCCGCCCCUCCUCACCCCAGGAGCAAUGGCCCUCAACGCAGGGAGCACCGACCCUCUCACAAGCAGCUUCGUAUCAGGGAGGGUGGAGCUCCCACAAAACCCUGAAAGGUUUGAGCUCCCCAACAAUCCCAAAGGGUUAGAGCCGGAGAUGGAUGUAGUGCGAUUGGAGUGUGAGCUGCUGCGGGUGCAUGCGGGGUUUGAGGCUCAUGGGGAGAGUGCAGUGGAGAGCAGCGUUGUUCCUCCCAAUGCCAAGCCACCAGUGGCACGGGCUUGCGGGGCAACGGCAGCAGGAGGGGUGGCAGCAGCAGGAGGGACUGCGAUUGCGAGCGGAGUGGUUGACAGCAUGGCAGACAGGAGGGGAACGGAUUCCGAGACUGUCCUUUCGGACCUCAAGCCUGUUGCUGCUGCUCCCGCUCCUACUGCUGCUGUUCCUGCUGCUGCGGUUCCUGCUCCUGCUGCUUCUCCUGCUGCUGUUGCUGCUCCUGCAGGCGGAACCUUGCUGCCACCUGUGGCUGACGGGGGAAUGCUGAUAGGAGGAUCAUCCAAGGGAGGUGCUCCUACUCUCGCUUGCUCUCACUCCAUGCAGCCUCCUCUUUCUACCGGUGGUACUGGUGGUGCUGCUGGUGCUGGUAGUGGUGCUGCUGCGGCGGCAGCGGCUGCGUCAGUGCAGUCUAGUCUUGGUGGAGGGGGCUGCUCUAAUGGCAUCUCGUCCACGUCCAAUUUUGUUGCAGCGUCUGCUUAG